AUGGCGUAUGUGGAGAAACGAGAUAAAGAGAAACGGACUGAAUCUUCAGUUAAACUUCCUAAACUGGAUUUGAAUAUGUUUUAUGGAAAUAAAUUACACUGGUGCGAAUUCUGCGACGCCUUUGAUUGUACCAUCCAUAGAAACGAAAAGCUAUCGGACAUAGAAAAGUUCAGUUAUCUACAGAGUAAAAUUGGCGGUGACGCAAAGCGUGCUAUUGCUGGCCUAGCGCGAUCAGGAGCAAACUACAAGGUUGCUGUGAAACUGUUACAAGAACGAUUUGGGAAAACACAGGAAAUCAUUGAUAUUCAUUACAAGGAAAUGUUGAGUAUCCAAGCACCUUCUUAUAAAGUGGAGAGUUUGAGAUCAUUCAUGGAUACUAUUGAAAAGCAUCUUCGAAGUCUGGAAGUGUUAGGUGAAAAUGUGAACCAGCUUUUGUUCGUUUCAAUGAUAACAACAAAGAUUCCAGAAGGUGUGCUCCGUCAACUUGAAAUAAGCAAGGGAGCUGAUGUUGAAUGGGAUGUCAAAUCUCUUCGAACACAUUUGAGAAAUUACAUAUGUGCUUGUGAAAAAUCUAACAAAAAUAUCAAGGAAAACUAUGUUUCAAAGGAACGCGAAUUCAAUAUUCAAAGGUCAGGAAGUAGAAGCAAUAUACCAUUGAACACUCCCAGAGCAGCUUAUGGAAACUCACAAACCAUAAUCAAUCCUCGAAGCUCAUCAUCAUUCGUUACAAACGACAAUGAAGCACGCGUUUAUACCCAAAGCAGACAGCUUACACCAUCGUGUCAUUUUUGUGAUAAUUCACAUUGGAGUGACGAGUGUCCGCAGUAUAAGACACUUCAUGAAAGAAAACAAAAGAUCAAAGGACAUUGUUAUAGGUGUCUGAAAAGUGGACAUGUUGCAACCGAAUGCAAAUCAAAUAAGGCGUGUGUCUACUGUAAUGUGUAUAAUAGACAUCACAGAAGUUUGUGUCCAAAAAGAUUUGGUGAUAAAAGUGUGAAGGAACAAGCUCAUGUUCAAUUUGAUGAAGAUAUAAGUGAAGGACCAAAUGGGGACACAAAGCAAGAAGGUAUGAUGGUUUCACACGGAGAGACAGUUUUCAUGCAAACUGCAAAUACUGAAGUUCAAAAUCCGGAAACAAAUUCUUCAGUAAGAACAAGGAUUCUCCUAGACUGUGGUUCACAACGUACCUAUAUCACAAAAGAUUUAGCAGAUAGUCUUGGUCUAAAGUGCGAAGGAACGGAGGAAUUGAAAGUGUUCACAUUUGGUGGAAGUCAAGCUAAGACAAUAAAGACAGAUAUGACUUCAUUAAAUCUGAAGUUGAAAAGUGGCAAAUACAUGAGAAUAAGUGCAAAUAUUGUGCCAGUUAUCAGUGGUAAUGUGCAAAGGAAGACGCUAGAACCAUCCCUCCAAGAUUGUUUCAGUCAACUUGUGGAAACAUUAGAUCUAGCCGAUACUCUACCAAAUGAAACAGAAUCGUCUGCUAUUGACAUAUUGAUCGGGAAUGAUUAUUACCUUGAUAUAGUGCAUUCGCAAAAAAUGGAAGUGUCAGAAGGAUUAUACCUUCUUAAUUCAAAGCUGGGAUGGAUUUUGAGCGGAAGAACUAAAAGUGCAAGUGAAAGUGACGAGGAGGAAAACUUGCUGAUUCUUACAUUUGGGAGUCAGCUUUAUAACACAAGUGUACUCCAAACAGUUGAUAGUGCUGUUCAGACUAAAGUGGACUUAGAGGACUUUUGGAACCUUGAAUCCAUUGGAGUGAAAAAUGAAAAUGAAGAAGUGAUGGAUGAUGAAAUUGUGAUGAAAAAAUUCAAAGAUGAAGUUAUAUUUGAAGAUGGAAGGUAUCAAGUGACUUGGCCUUGGAAGGACGAAGAUUCCGAUUUACCAAGCAAUAAACAACUGGCAUUUGGUAGACUUAAAUCAUGUCUUAAGAAGUUGCGAAACAAGCCGGAGUUGUUAAACAAGUAUAAUUCUAUCAUUCAGGAGCAACUAGUAAAAGGGAUCAUUGAAAAAGUGCCUGAAAAUAAAUCAAGUGAACGCAUUCAUUACAUACCGCAUCAUGGUGUUGUGACUCCAGAUAAGACUACAACAAAACUCAGGAUCGUAUAUGAUGCCUCAGCAAAAGUGUCAAAGGAAAGUACAAGUUUGAAUGAAUGUCUUUAUAGAGGACCGGUUUUGCUCCAAGACUUGUGCGGUCUUCUCAUGAGAUUCCGUUUGCACAAAGUAGCCUUAGUUUCAGACAUUGAGAAGGCAUUUUUGCAGAUUGGUCUGCAGCCAUCUGAACGCGAUGUGACACGAUUCUUCUGGGUUAAUGAUAUAAAGGACCCAAGUGUUGGAUAUGACAACUUGGAAGAGUACAGAUUCUGUCGUGUUCCUUUUGGGAUAGUUUCCAGUCCAUUCUUAUUGGGAGCAACAGUGGAAACACACCUUGACUCAUAUGGAACACCUAUUGCGGAGCAAUUAAAACGUGAUAUUUAUGUAGAUAAUAUCAUUACUGGAGCAAGCAGUGACAAAGAAGGCAUCGAGAUCUAUCAAAAAGCAAAGUGUAUGUUCAAUGAAGCAUCGAUGAAUUUAAGGGAAUGGUUAUCUAAUAGUGAUCUGGUGACUGAAAGUAUACCAUCUCCUGACAGAGCGGUGUUAAAAGAAACACAUGUUUUAGGUCAUACAUGGAAUCAUAAGACUGAUACCUUGUCGUUACAGAAAAUCAAAGAGACAUAUGUACCAAUAACAAAGAGGAAUGUUUUUAAGACAGUCGCUUCUGUUUUUGAUCCAAUGGGAUUGUUCUCACCUGUUCUAUUGCGAGGAAAGCUUCUCAUUCAAGAAUUGUGGAAAAGAGGUGUAGAGUGGGAUGAGGAGAUUGAAGAUAUUGUGAUUGAGAAUCAAUGGACAGAGCUCAAAAAGGAUCUUGAGAAUAUAAGUAACUACAAAGUUGAAAGAAAUUUAUCAGUUGAUUACAAAGAUGUUAUAUACAGAUUGCUGUGUUUCUGUGAUGCAUCAAAACGCUCAUAUUCGGCAGCAGUUUACCUUCACCAGGAAAGUGCAAAUUCGUCCAAGUUGGAUUUAGUGUUUGCGAAAACACGCCUUGCUCCUGUAAAAGAAAUGACAAUACCAAGGUUGGAGCUAAUGGCUAUUUUAAUUGGAGUCAAAUAUUUACAAUUCGUGAAGAGUCAAUUAAAGCUGCAUAUUGUGGAAGAAUAUUUGUGGAGUGACUCCCAGGUUGCAAUUGCAUGGAUAAACAGUGACAAAAGUUUGCCUGUAUUUGUGAAAAAUAGAGUGGAGGAGAUUAAAAAGCAUGGGCAUGUACAUAUUAGAUACAUAAAUACGAAAGCAAAUCCUGCUGAUGUUGCUACUCGGGGAUCAAGUACGAAAGAUUUAAGUGAGAACAAACUCUGGUGGAAAGGACCUACGUUGUUCAGUGAAAAUUCAGGCGAAUGGAAUCUUGAGUGUGAAUUAGGAAUAUGUGAUUUAUCAAACGCUGAACAAAGAAGCAACAGUGAGUCAUGCGUAUUGACGGAAGUCAGUGUUGUUCUUGUAGAAGACGAUCCACCAUUUGGAAUGGAUAUCGAGAGAUAUUCUUCCUUAGGAAAGCUGUUGAAGGUUACGGCACUUGUGUUAUUAUUCAUACGAAAACUUAGGAAAAUUCGGUGCAAAAGUAGACGAAUUAAAAGUGGAGAUAUUCAAGAAGCUGAAAGCAUGUGGAUACGUUACAUACAAAGAAAACAUUACCACAAGGAUUAUAUUGCUAUACUUGCAAAGAAAUCAACUCAGUUACAGAAGCAACUGGGAUUGUAUAUUGAUGAUAAUGGGAUGAUUCGGUGCAGAGGGAGACUUGACAAUUCGUGUAUGGUUGAAGGGGCGAGACGCCCGAUGAUUCUACCACACAGUGAACGUUUUACUAAGUUAGUUAUAGAACAAAAUCACAAAGAGUGUUUGCAUUCAGGAGUUUCCCAAACUUUAGCCAAAACGAGACAGAAAUUUUGGAUAACACAUGGUCGAUCUGCAGUGAAAACUACUUUAAGAUCAUGUAAAGUAUGCACUCGCUUUGAGGGAGGUCCUUACAGGAUGCCUCCGAUGCCAGAUCUCCCGAGUACAAGGGUAAACGAAUAUCCAGCAUUCUCGAAAACAGGACUCGAUUAUCUUGGUCCACUACAGAUAAAGACCAGUGAAGGAUUCAAAAAAGUUUGGAUAUGUUUGUUUACGUGCAUGACAACACGUGCUUUUCACUUAGAGGUUAUUCAGGAUAUGACUUCGGAGGAGUUUCUUCUUGGAUUUAGACGGUUUGUGUCACAACGUGGUGUACCCUCAGAAGUGUUGAGUGAUAACGCAGCUCAAUUUAAACUUUCAAAACAAGUUAUCGAAGAUGUUUGGAAUAAUGUGGUUCAAAGUGUAGAUGUUCAUUCGUAUGUGUCAACAAAUGGAAUAAACUGGAAAUUCAUUGUGGAACUUGCACCAUGGAUGGGUGGUUUUUAUGAAAGCCUAGUGGGAGUUGUGAAACGUUCAAUUCGCAAGUCAAUUGGUAGACGAUUGUUAACAAUUAUUCAGUUACAAACUCUCAUCAAGGAAGUUGAAUCAACAGUGAAUUCUCGACCAUUAGUGUAUGUGGAAGAUGACGUAAAUUCAAAUAUUCCCCUCUCUCCAAACCAUUUUUUGACUCUAAACCCAAUCACUGGAAUUCCAGAACUGGAUUCAGUAUGUCAGGAUGAGGAUUACAACCCAAGUGAAAGUUCGAAAAAUAAAUUGUUGAAAAUAUGGAAGAAAGGACAAAAGACGUUAAAUGAGAUCUGGCGGAUUUGGCGUGAGGAAUACCUUACUAGCUUGAGAGAACGUUACCAAACACAACUGAAAUCAGGAAAAGUGUUUUCCAAGUCUAGCCCAAGUGAAGGUGACAUUGUUCAGAUCAAAGAUAAUGUGGCUAGAGGGAGCUGGAAACUUGGUCGAGUCGUCAAACUGGUGAAAAGCAGGGACGGUAGUGUUCGAUCAGCGAAAGUGGAACUGCCGUCAAAGACUGUUAUUGGAAGACCGUUGAACCUGUUGUACCCGUUGGAAUGCAGUGGUUCUAAGAACAAAUCGAGCGACGACAACAACAUUAUUCCGGAUGAACCAAACAAUGCCAUUCAAAGACCACGAUCUCAAAGACAAUCAGCAAAAUAUGCUACAACUGAAAUCAAGAAACUCUUUGACAAUGAAAAUAGAAAGAAACACUAG